CUUCCUUUCUCAUUCUCACUUGAUUAGUUUUUUCAUUCAUUUUCUUCAUUCUUGCCUACCCAGCUUACCUUCAUCAUCUACACAUUUCUGAAUCAUGAAUGGUACAGGUUUGCACUCUAUGACGCUUUGCUUGUCUCUUUCCAUGCCCAUGCGACAUCCGCCGUCCUCACACGCUGGAAAUACAGCCCACUAGAGGAGUCAUUCCCACUCCGCUCUGACUCACCAUUGACUGCCAACCCCCAAAUACGUGUCAUGUCAGCCGGAGGUUCUCAGUUCGCUGCUCUGUGCGACGAAUUCAGACGAGACUUCUAUCGUCGUGCCACCCAAGGGCGAGACGAGAUAGACGAAUUUAUCGCGCGGGGCACCCUGACGGAAAUUUGGCUUGAUAAAGGAGAUCGAUUCUGCAGUCUCAUCAUGCCAGACAUUGACUGGCGUACGAGCCUGCAAGAUCAUAUUCAGACCAUGUCUAUUCUCAUAGAUAUCAACUGGUCUGGCUGGUCUCGCUUUGAAGAUAUUUUCUUGCGGACUCCCAACCGAACCGACAGUGACCUCCCCGAAUACUCAAAGCAAGACUUCAUGAGCUCGGAUUUCCUAGGACCAGAUUGGGGGGGUAGCUUCGCCAAAGCGCGCUUCUUUUUCUGCCCUAUUGACAUCAAACAAGGCAAGCGCGUGAAUCGGUCGAAAGGCUGGCGCCUGCCGUACAUUUACGACAAUGAGACAGGCGCAUCGCGGCCCAAUAUCGGAGCGGGCUCGGCUGGUGAAGUGAUUCGGGUGGAAAUAGCUCCCGGUCAUUUCUGGUCUCCAUCUGGCAAUUACACAGAACUUAUGCCAAACUCGAAGAGCUUGUCAGUUGCCGUGAAGAAAUUUUCCAAGCGAGGCGCGUUCGAAAAGGAAGUCAAAAUUUUGGAAGGGUUUUCCCAGAUCCCGACGAGGCACAUUCAUGUUGUUCAAAUGCUUGCUGCAGUCGCCGUUGGCGAUGAACUUGGCGUUGUCCUUCCCUUGGCACAAGCAAACCUCGAGGACCUCCUCAUGGCUCGUCAUAAACUGGAACCAAAUUCUUUUGAUGUGCCACAUCUACUUGAACAAGUCGCAAAUCUGGCGGCUGCGCUCGACCACAUUCAUCAAGCAGACUGCUGUCACCAAGAUUUCAAGCCUGAAAAUGUUCUAGUGUACGACUCCUUGGACGGCUUUGCCCAGUCUCCGGUGGGUUUGUGGGCGAUAUCUGACUUCGGCAUGGCCAAAUUCGUGCUUGAUGGCAACACGGGACGGACAAACAGUGAAGGGAUCAAACCGAGACGACCGAGGAAUGAUCCACACAGCACCUACGAAGCGCCAAACUAUGGCACGGACCGAGAUCCAACAAUUGCAAAGAGUGACGAUGUAUGGGGUUUGGGCUGCAUCCUUGUGCGCGUCCUCGCCUUUGGGCUCGACGGUGUGACAGGUCUUCAAGAGCUCGACAGGCAGAGAGCAUAUACCGAUACUGGGGUUUCUGAAUCCCGGGAUGACUGUUUUUACCGAGGCUCGCCGCCGAGUUUGAAUCCACAUAUCAAGAAGUGGAUAGACGAGCUACCCAAUCGUUGUAGUGUGAAUAAAGCCUUUUGGAUUGGGUGUCGAGAACUGCUACUGCAGGCUUUAGCCAUGAGUGCGAGUGAUAGGCUAACUGCAAGGCAGGUCUCACAAGAAUUAAAUAGGCUGAGAUCAGAGUAUCAGCCUGUAGGCUAUAUUGGGACUCGUCACAACAGCACGGCUUCAUCGCACUCAUCUGGCGGGGUCCCUUCACCCCGAGACUACGAAGAUCUGCGAUCUUUUAUUCAGAAUCACAGAUUUGACUACUUGGAUUUGCUGCGCACGAAAUAUCCAGAUAUACUGCAGCAGUGUGAUGAUCAAAAUACCACACCACUAAAUUACGCGAUUAAAGUGGGCAAGGGAAAGAAUAUUUCCACAGUGAUGGAAUUGCUACAGCGUCUACAAUGUCCUGCUGAUGUUAAUAUUCCCUCCAAAAAUGGCAUGACGCCCCUCAUGACUGCCGCUAGUCAUGGCUACGGAAUCCUUGUGACUCGACUGCUUGAACACGGGGCCGGAUGUGGGUAUACCUGCGAGGGAAGGACUUGUCUUCAUUUUGCGACCCAGGCCAAUGACGCAGACGUGAUCCGAGAGAUAUGCAAGUCUGAGCCACAGAUUGUCAAUGUGUCUGACGCGUCGGGGACAACCCCUCUGCUUAUGUUUGUGAAGCACUCCGAUGCCGCAUACCGAGACCCAAAAAUGACUAAGGAGAUGUUCAAGGCUUUCUUUGUGGUUGAUUCUAACGCGAAAGCCUGUCUUUCCCAGCCCGACAAAGGCGGGGAAACCCCGCUUUAUGUAGCCAUCGAGAAUGGAAACGAGUUGCUCACCAAGCUGCUUCUCGACGAGGGAGCUGAAAUUGGCGAUCUGGACGUACCCACAAAGCUGGGAAAGAUGAAGGAGGAAGUGCGCAACUUAUUCUAUAAGAGCCAUGCCCGUACCAGAGAAAUUUCGGGACCGCGAUGGCUUCGAGUGUUGAACCUUCAGUGGGGAAGGAGACGCUAAUUUCCUUUGACAUGCGUUUUGUUCGAUACCCUUCUGUCUUGUUGCUCUGUUGUAUGUGAUUGUGUUACGAUAUGUUGAAUACUAACAUGCUCGUCUGUUGUUAUAUAAUGUCUGCUUACUGUCACGGUAUUUGGGCCGAAAGCGAGGAGCACUAGUUGUUCUAUGCUAUAAUACUGGAACAUCUUGAACAUAUCCU